AGAUGGCUCAGAUGACAAUAGACCCACAAGGUGAGAAAAUUGAAUCUUUUGUACUGUUGAGUGGUCACAAGAUUCCUGCUAUUGGUUUGGGCACUUGGAGAGCUCAUAAUGCAAGGGAUUCUGUUUAUACUGCUAUUGUUGAGGCUGGCUACAGGCAUGUUGACACAGCGGCAGAGUAUGGAGUCCAAGAUGAGGUUGGUCAUGGAAUUAAGGCAGCUAUACAUGCAGGAGUAGAGAGAUCAGCCUUAUUUGUGACAUCUAAACUAUGGUAUUAUGCUUUAACUUAUUUUAAAUCUCUAGGAUUUUUUUAUACAUCCAACGUGCAAUUAAACGAAUUAGGAGAUAUUAUUGAUUGUUUUAGGUGUUGUGAUUUGUCACGUGAGAGAGUUCGACCUGCAUUGAUGAAGACACUCAAUGAAUUGCAACUGGGUUAUCUUGAUCUCUACCUGAUUCAUUGGCCCUUCCGUCUCAAGGACGGAGCUAGUAGACCUCCAAAAGCAGGGGAAGUGUCUGACUUCGAUUGGGAAGGGGUUUGGAGAGAAAUGGAGAAGUUAGUGAAAGAUAAACUCGUACGAGAUAUUGGAGUAUGUAAUUUCACUGUCAAGAAACUUAAAAAGCUUUUAGAUAUUGCACAGAUAAUGCCUUCUGUAUGCCAGAUGGAGAUGCACCCUGGAUGGAGAAAUGAAAAAAUGUUGGAAGCUUGCAAGAAAAAUAAUAUUCACGUCACAGCGUAUUCACCUUUGGGUUCGCGAGAAAUUGAUCUAAUUCAUCAUCCUGUAGUAGAGAGAGCAGCAGGAAAACUAAAUAAAACGCCGGGGCAGGUGCUAGUGAGGUGGGCUAUACAAAGAGGAACGAGUACAAUUCCGAAAUCAGAUCUCUCAGAAAGAAUAAAAGAGAACAUUAAAGUGUUUUCAUGGGAAAUUCCAGAGCUAGAUUUCCAAGCUAUUUGUGAUGUCCCAGAUCAGAUGCGAGUAUUAGAUGGAGAAGAAUUGUUUGUGAACACGAGUGAUGGGCCUUACAAGAGCGUAGCAGAUAUUUGGGACCACGAAAUCUAA